UGGUUGCUUGGAUCUGCCGGUCUUAAGCUCUCUCUCAUGACAACUUUGAGAGACCGUGCAUUGUGGACCAGAGGACAAGCCUUUUCAAAGUCGCCUCUCAGGGCAUUUAUCUAAUCCAGGCUAUGGAAUUUUUUGAUCUACAACCCACAUUGCAAUGGAUGUUUGUACCCAAAAAAAUACCCAACUGUCCACCUGGAUUGGAAUACUUGGCUCAGAUAAACCAGUUAAUAGUUUGUCAACGUUUCGACCUUCAGGAUGUCAUAGGUAAUUUGGAAACUAGUAAAGCAUAUGAAGUCAUGAACAAUCAAGGAGAGAGAAUUUAUUUUGCAGAAGAGAAAAGUAAUUUUUUCCUUCAAAACCUUUGUGGAUCUUCAAGACCUUUCACCAUGACAAUUUAUGAUAACGUAGGUCGAGAUGUAAUCACUAUACGUAAAGCUCUAAGAUGCCACUGUUGCUGUAUUAACUGCUCCCUGCAAAAGCUAAAGGUUGAAGCUCCACCUGGUGAAACAAUCGGAUACGUUUAUCAAAACUUUCAUCCGUUUUUGCCAACAUUUAAACUAAAAAAUGAGAAUAAGGAAGAUGUCAUGAAAAUCAGAGGGCCUUGUGUAAUUUCCAGCUGUAUCAGGGAUCUAAAUUUUAAUUUAUUGUCUCUGGAUGAAGAACUUGUACUUGGAAAUGUUUCAAAACACUGCCCUGGCUUUGUGACGGGACUAUUAACUGAUGUUGAUAAAUUUGGAAUACAGUUUCCAUUUGAUCUUGAUGUUAAAAUUAAAGCACUGAUGCUUGGAGCAAGUUUUCUCAUUGACUACAUGUAUUUUGAACUCUGGUCAUAAGAAUCAGCCUAAAAGACUAACUAAUGUCAGAGAAGACUGGCAUUUUUUGUCAUUCCUCAGCAAAAUUAAACAACUUUUACUGAAAACACCUAAAUAAGGUUAUAUCUUACUAAAAGUAUUAGUAUAAAUUUUUCUGCAUAAGA